GGUAGGGAGGGGGCGGGACCCCAGUCCGCGCACGCCGGAAGUGGUUUGCGUUUUCAAGAUGGCGACUCCCUAUGUAACUGACGAGACCGGCGGCAAGUACAUCGCCUCAACACAGCGACCUGACGGGACCUGGCGCAAGCAGCGGAGGGUGAAAGAAGGCUAUGUGCCCCAGGAGGAGGUCCCAGUGUAUGAAAAUAAAUACGUGAAGUUUUUCAAGAGUAAACCAGAGCUGCCUCCAGGGCUGAGCCCUGAGGCCACCACUCCUGUUACCCCAUCUAGACCUGAAGGUGGUGAACCAGGCCUCUCCAAGACAGCCAAACGCAACCUGAAGCGAAAGGAGAAGAGGCGGCAACAGCAAGAGAAAGGAGAGGCAGAGGCCUUGAGCCGGACUCUUGACAAGGUGUCCCUGGGAGAGACAGCCCAACUCCCCAGUGCUCCACAAGGCUCCCACUCAGCCUCAACAGCUGCUUCUGACCCACCUGAUUCAGCUGCCACCACUGAGAAAGCCAAGAAGAUAAAGAACCUAAAGAAAAAGCUUCGGCAGGUGGAAGAGCUGCAACAGCGGAUCCAGGCUGGAGAAGUCAGUCAGCCCAGCAAAGAGCAGCUGGAGAAGCUAGCAAGGAGGAGGGCGCUGGAGGAGGAGCUAGAGGACUUGGAGUUAGGCCUGUGAGGCCUUUGUGAAUAGGGAAUGGACUGCAGAACAAACCGUGGGGCUCUCUGGGGUCCAGGGAAGUGUGGGCAGCAGCGGUCAGGAGGGGAACCCCUCAUACUGACUCACUUCCACCUCUCGCUGCCCAACUCUGCCCUCCAGAGCCUAGCCUCUCCCUCAUUCCUUCCCUUUUCUUCCAACUCCUAAUUUUGGGACUUUCUCCCUCUCAUUCCCAGUGUUCAAAAUCUCAGUGUCUACCCCAGGUACCUUUGCUGCUGAUUUGGGUGUCUUGUUUAAAAGAAAAUCAGGUGGGUGGGACUCUCUUGGAGAACUGAGGUGGAGGGUAGAGGGAGUACGCCCAAAUCUUGGAGUCUUGGUUCCUGUUCACAGUGUUUGAGUUAUUUCCCUGUCUAUCCUAAUAUCUCUCUCUUCCCCCACCCCACUUUGUCUCUUUCUCUCUCUCUCUGUUUUUCUUUUUUUAAAGAACAAGAAUAAACUCAAGUAGACAUGUC